UUGCGAAUUCCAAACAAAAAAUGAGAGCUGUGCCGACUUGGGUUGAUAAAGUCCAAGAUAGGGACAAAGUAGAGCAGUGCAUUUGGGACUUGUGCUUUCGACCUGAUGGAAGCCAGCUGAUAGUUGCCGCUGGCAACAGAGUAUUGGUUUAUGACACAAAUGAUGGCACCCUCAUCCAGCCUCUCAAGGGUCAUAAAGAUACAGUCUACUGCGUGACAUAUGCUAAAGAUGGAAAGAGAUUUGCCUCGGGAUCAGCUGAUAAGAGUGUCAUCAUUUGGACAAGCAAAUUAGAAGGCAUUUUGAAAUACACACAUAAUGAUGCAAUUCAGUGUUUAGCCUACAAUCCUACCACUGCUGCUCUAGCAAGUUGUGCUUGUACAGAUUUUGGUCUGUGGUCAGCCGAGCAGAAAUCCGUCUCAAAACACAAAACUCCAGCGAGAGUGACAGCAUGUAGCUGGACCAAUGAUGGCCAGUACUUAGCCCUAGGUUUGUUCAACGGAGUUGUUAGCAUCAGGAGCAAGACCGGUGAAGAGAAAGUCAAAAUCGAACGACCCGGUGGUGCACUUUCUCCUAUAUGGUCAUUAGAAUGGAAUCCAUCCAGAAACCAAGGAAAAUUUCCGAUGGGGGAGGAAGCAUAUGAUGUUCUUGCUGUUGCUGACUGGGGACAAAAGCUGAGCUUCUAUCAACUCUCAGGCAAACAAAUUGGCAAGGACAGACCUCUUGGCUAUGACCCGUGUCGUGUCAGUUGGUUCUCUAAAGGAGAAUAUGUGGUGGUUGGAGGAUCUGAUAAGAAGUGUAACCUGCACACAAAGGAGGGAGUCAAGCUUGGCACAAUCGGUGAACAGAACUCAUGGGUCUGGACGUGUAAAGUCAAGCCGGAUUCAAAUUAUGUGGCUGUUGGAUGUCAAGACGGAACUAUCGCCUACUACCAGCUGAUCUUCAGUACCGUCCAUGGCUUGUAUAAAGAUCGCUACGCCUUCCGAGACAACAUGACAGAUGUCAUCAUACAACAUCUCAUCACAGAACAAAAAGUCCGUAUCAAGUGCCGAGAUCUCGUCAAAAAGAUUGCCAUAUACAGGCACCGACUUGCAGUUCAACUGCCAGACCGCAUAGUCAUCUAUGAGCUGUACUCGGAGGACUCGGCUGACAUGCAUUACAAGGUCAAAGAGAAGAUCAACAAGAAAUACGAAUGUAAUCUUCUGGUCGUCUGCUCGCAGAAUAUCAUUCUCUGUCAGGAACGUCGUCUGCAGAGUUUGAAUUUCCAGGGUGUUAAGGAGAGAGAGUGGGUGAUGGAGUCUCUUAUUAGGUACAUCAAGGUGAUCGGAGGACCCAGUGGCCGUGAGGGCUUGCUUGUGGGGCUCAAGAAUGGACAGAUCCUGAAGAUCUUCAUCGACAACCCAUUCCCGAUCACACUACUCAAGCAGAAUACAUCCAUCCGCUGUCUCGACAUGAGUUGUGUGAGAGACAAGCUGGCCGUAGUUGACGAACACAACACGUGUCUAGUCUAUGAUCUGGGUACCAAAGAGCUCAUGUUCCAGGAGCCGAAUGCGAACAGUGUUGCUUGGAACACCCACAACGAUGACAUGCUGUGCUUCAGUGGUGGUGGCCUACUGAACAUCAAGGCCAGUGUAUUCCCUGUACAUCAACAGAAACUUCAGGGCUUUGUAGUUGGGUUCACCGGCUCUAAGAUUUUCUGUCUGCAUAUCUACACGAUGUCAUCAGUGGAGGUACCGCAGUCUGCUCCCAUGUACCAGUACCUGGAGAAGAAGAAUUACAAGAAUGCAUAUCAGGUCGCCUGCCUUGGUGUUACAGAUGGUGACUGGGAAGCUCUUGCCCAUGAAGCGUUGGAAGGUCUCAGCCUGGAAGUCGCUAAGAGGGCAUUCGUCCGCAUCAAGGAUCUCCGCUAUCUUGAACUGAUUCACUCAAUUGAGGAUCGCAAGAAGCGUGGUGAGCAGGAAAACAUGGUCUUCCUGGGUGAUGUCUACGCCUACCAGGGCAAGUUCAGUGAAGCUGCUAAGCUCUACAAGAGAUGUGACCAGGAUAGCAAGGCACUCAACAUGUACACUGACCUCAGGAUGUUUGAGUAUGCUAAGGAAUUCAUUGGAUCUGGUGACCCCCAUGACAAGAAGAUGCUGAUCACCAAGCAGGCCGACUGGGCCAAGAACAUCAAUGAACCAAAAGCUGCUGCUGAGAUGUACAUUUCUGCCGGCGAAUACAUCAAGGCUAUUGACAUCAUUGGUGACCAUGGUUGGUCUGAAAUGUUGAUCGAUGUUGCUAGAAAAUUAGACAAGGCUGACCGCGAGGCACUGAACAAAUCCGCACUACACCUGAAGAAAAUGGGACAAUAUGCCUAUGCCGCUGAAUGCUAUGCCAAGAUGGGUGACUCAAAGGCUCUCUUGGUGUUACAUGUUGAAGCAAGGCAUUGGGAUGAAGCCUUCCACCUUGCAGAGAAACAUCCAGAAUUUAGGAAUGACGUCUACGUCCCUUAUGCUCAGUGGCUGGCAGAGAAUGAUAGGUUUGAGGAAGCACAACAAGCCUUCCACAAGGCCGGUAUGCAAGAUGAAGCAGUGAAGGUGUUGGAACAGUUGACCCACAAUGCUGUGUGGGAGAGUCGCUUCAAUGAUGCUGGGUAUUACUUCUGGAAGUUAUCCAUGCAGUGUUUGGAGCUUGCAACAGAAAAAGUUGAAAAGAAGGCUGAGAUGUUGGAGAAAUUCCACGACUACCAACGAAGAGCUGAGAUGUACUAUGUGUACCAUUCUAUACAGAGAUACACUGAUGAACCAUUCACAUCUCAUCUUCCAGAAGCUUUGUUCAACAUGUCAAGAUAUCUUCUCCAUGCAAUGAUCAAAGACACACCACACGGAAUAUCUAAAGUUGGAACAUUAUAUGCCCUUGCCAAGCAGAGUAAGAAUCUCGGCGCAUACAAGUUGGCCCGGUAUGCGUUUGAGAAGCUUCAGGCGCUGAGGAUCCCACCCAGAUUCCAGGAUACGAUUGACCUUGGCAGUAUCACUAUCAGAUCAAAACCGUUCCACGAUGCAGAGGAAAUGCUUCCAAUGUGUUACCGCUGCUCCACAACCAACCCACUUCUCAACAACCAGGGGAACCAGUGCAUCAACUGCAAACAACCAUUCGUCCAUUCGUUUGUCUCGUUUGAGGUUCUCCCGCUGGUGGAAUUCGUCCUCCAAGAGGGUGUCACAGAUGAGGAGGCUGUCCAGUUGAUUGAUUAUGAGGCUCCAAGUAACACCAAGGAAAAGACAGACAACUGGAAGGAAAAUCGUAGAGGAGGCAAUGUCCAGUCUCUUGCGAUGGAUGAGGAGAUGGCUGAUGAAGAUGAUCCUUUCACAGCGAGGCUCAUGACUUUUGAGCAACAAGAUAGGAAUGAGUUUGUCCCAGUCACAGUGAACCGCUCAGUCCUUCAAGCCAUGAACAGGCAGGAUGUGAUAGUCCUCCGAUGGAACAAACCGCUCAGAUUCCAAUACUUCAAAACACUGAUGCCUGAUGUUUCCAUCACAAAGUGUACAUCCUGUAAUAAGCUAUUCCACACUGAUGACUACGAGUUGCUUGUCCUCCAAAAAGGCUACUGCCCAUUCUGCCGGAAACCUCAGGAGGAUUAGAGAAUUCGUACAUUGUGUGCCAAGAGUAUGUUCAUUGUUACAAAUGGAAGACUUUCAAAAGUGAUGUUACUUGAUCUGGCCUUGAUGGAGAGAGGGCGAUGAUUAUAACAAUUCUGUUUUAUACCAAUGAACUGAACAAUACAGCUAUUUGAAAACUUGAAUUUACGAUUGUCAUGUUCUUGUGUAUAGAAAUUCCAUCCAGUUACCAAGUCUUUUACACACAAUGUUUAUCAUGUAUAUAGUAGUUAUAGUUUGUAUCAUAUUUUGUUAUUAUUUAAUUAAUCCGUCCAUUCAUUAGCCUCUGCUUGUAUCCCACUGACACUCUAAAGAUUUUAAAAAAUGGAGAGAAAUGUUGAAAAUGGUAUCUCUAUGCUUGAAAUUCAUACACUGUAAAAUAUGUGUGUGGAUGAAAAUUGUUGUAAAAAAUCGACGCUACUUCUGAAGAGAAAAAAUUGACC